UUACGCACGCAUGCGCAGUUGGAGCGUGGUGGUGGGUGGAGAGGAUUUUUUUUGUUUAUUUUCCUGACUAACUAACCAGUUAACGCGUUGUUGUUAGCUUAGGUCAUUUCUACGGUUUUAGUAAAGAGGAGGACGGCGAAUUUGAUACAACACCGUGCGUUGAGGCAUAGAGGACAGAACUGGAAGAUCUCCGUAAGGUUGAAGCCCAAGGAGCAAGAUGUCAAUCACAAACACUCCCACAAGUAACGAUGCCUGCCUGAGCAUUGUGCACAGCCUGAUGUGCCACCGACAAGGAGGAGAGAGCGAAAGCUUCGCUAAGAGAGCUAUUGAGAGUCUUGUCAAGAAGCUGAAAGAGAAAAAAGAUGAAUUGGAUUCGCUCAUCACAGCCAUCACUACAAAUGGAGCGCAUCCCAGCAAGUGUGUGACCAUACAGCGAACCUUGGAUGGCCGUCUACAGGUUGCUGGACGUAAAGGUUUCCCCCAUGUGGUGUAUGCCCGACUGUGGCGAUGGCCUGAUCUACACAAGAAUGAAUUAAAACACGUGAAAUAUUGCCAGUAUGCCUUUGACCUGAAAUGUGACAACGUUUGUGUCAACCCAUACCACUAUGAGAGAGUUGUGUCGCCUGGCAUUGAUUUAUCAGGAUUGACUCUUUCAAAUUCAGGUCCACUCCUGGUAAAGGAUGAGUAUGACUACGAUAACCAGCAAUCUCACUCCAGCUCUGAAAGCCACCUGCAGACCAUCCAGCAUCCCCCGUCAAGGCCUGGUCCACAGGAGACGUUCAGCAGCCCUGCUCUACUUGCUCCAUCGGAGGGGAGCACUUCAGCUUCAACAUCUGCUUUCUCCACUAUCAGUGCUGGACCUUCAAACCCUACCCCCAACUGGAGCAGGGGCAGUAGCUUCACUCCUACGGUGCCUCAACACCAGAAUGGUCAUCUACAGCAUCAUCCACCCAUGCCUCACACAGGGCAUUACUGGCCAGUUACUAAUGAAAUUGCGUUUCAGCCACCUAUAUCCAAUCACCCUGCUCCAGAAUACUGGUGCUCUAUUGCAUACUUUGAGAUGGAUGUCCAGGUUGGGGAAACCUUUAAGGUACCAUCCACAUGUCCCAUAGUGACUGUAGAUGGUUAUGUGGAUCCAUCAGGGGGAGAUCGCUUUUGCUUGGGCCAGCUGAGCAAUGUCCACAGAACAGAAAACAUUGAGAGAGCCAGGCUCCACAUCGGUAAAGGUGUGCAGCUGGAGUGUAAAGGAGAAGGUGAUGUUUGGGUGCGUUGUUUGAGUGAUCAUGCAGUGUUUGUGCAGAGUUAUUACCUUGAUCGAGAGGCUGGACGUGCCCCUGGAGAUGCAGUCCAUAAGAUCUACCCCAGUGCUUACAUCAAGGUGUUUGACCUGCGCCAGUGCCACAGGCAGAUGCAGCAGCAGGCAGCGACAGCUCAGGCAGCAGCUGCAGCCCAGGCAGCAGCAGUGGCUGGGAACAUUCCUGGUCCCGGCUCUGUGGGAGGCAUUGCCCCAGCCAUCAGUUUGUCUGCUGCUGCGGGCAUUGGGGUUGAUGACCUGCGCAGGCUGUGCAUCCUGCGGAUGAGCUUCGUAAAGGGCUGGGGGCCUGACUACCCACGGCAAAGCAUCAAAGAGACGCCCUGCUGGAUUGAGAUCCAUCUACACCGGGCUCUGCAGCUUCUGGAUGAGGUUCUGCACACCAUGCCCAUAGCUGAUCCCCAACCGCUCGACUGAGUAAAAAAAAAAAAAUGCAAAGAAAGGAAAGAACAGACUGUACUUUUAACAGACUACUCCACCUAUUUGGCCUUGAGUGCUAAGGGAGGACCGCAACCAUAGGAAGGCUGGCAGUAUAGUUCAUACUGCUUUCAAAUCCAGGACUGUGAGCAUAUCCUGAGCAAGACUCUAGGUUUGUAAGUUUAAUGACUUCCAAGCAACAGCUGGAGGAACCUGAGUCAUGCGUGUAAACAUGCUGCUGAGAGAAUGUGUAUAGGAAAUAAAGCCAGGACUCUGCUGGUAAAUUGGAACUAUACAAAAUAUCACAAGUCAUUUUAAGAGUGGAAUUGAUUAUAAAAUUUUCAACCCUGCAAAUGAUAUGAACGAAAUCCUGCUUUUAAACUAAACUAGUGAUGAAACAAACUGUAUGCCUUAGAAUGUGAUUGGAGUAUACUGCCGGUCCGGUCCUCCUUGGUUGGCCCUCUGGUGCUGCCAUGGCUAAUGUAUGUGGAGGUUUCCCCCCUCAGGCUGUCUAUUGAUGUUUUUUGAGUUUUAUUCCCCUUUUGAAUGGUUUUUAAUUAUGCAUUUAAAAGGCCAGUUUUAGCUGACCUCUGCUUCCCUUUUAGCAACACUUCCGAUGUUCUCGCAGCAGUUUGUGCUGUUAUGACUGAGAUGUUCUCACAAUCCAAAUUUGAUUAAAAUCAUAUGUCAAAGAAACGUUAUUAUGCCACAUCUGUUUGAUAUUGUUUGUUGUUUUUCAUUAGAUGCCCACAGUGUCCAUUAGCACUUUAUUUGCUCUAGUUUCCUGUUUCAGUUUAAUGUAUAGUUUUUUUUGGUUGUAUCCAUAUAAUCUGCUAACAUAAGUGAAAAGCGCUAAUGACCCUGCUUCGAGCCAUCAAAAAAUGUGCUUCUGUGCGUUGUCUGCCCAGAAUGUGUUUUCAUUGUGGAACGUUCUCAACAGCAGGUGUGAAAGGUAUUGAGCACGUUUGAAAUCUUACCUAUGUAGAAUAAAAUUACUGUAACAGCCACCUUCCAAACCUACACAUGAUCAGUACAUAAUACUCAGAAGAUGCAUUUAGGGGAGUUCCUCCAAUUUGGAAUUGUUAGCAACACUUGGUUUGGGUAUUACUUAAAUCACAGUUCAUGUAAUGUUUUCUAGACAAUAAUUAUGUAAAAGAGAGGACUGAACUGUGAGACGAAGCUUAAGCCAUGAAGAUGCCAAAUCUACACUACGAUAAAGAUAAAAAGGUUCAAAAGUGAUGUCUAUGUUGCUAUUAACAUAAAUGGAAGUUGCCGUUUUCAUUCAGUAUUCUGACAUUUUGGUAUUUGGAGCUCUGUUUACCUACGGCUGUUGCAGUAUUUUAUACUCGUUUUGCUACAUUUACAGGGUCAGAAUUGGGGGAAGCUGUACAAUUUUCCGAACAUGCUCACUGUAAUCAUUACAUCAUGAAUACAUAACUAUGAAUUAUAUUGCUGUUUAUGUAUCUAUAUGGUUGAAUAAAAUGUAAUGGGCUAACAGGG